UGCGGAGGCCUCCAGGUUCGCUAGGGACGCGGCCUACUACCCCCAUCCAGAACAAGGCAUCCACCCCGCGGUCGCCAUGGAGGACCUCUCGCGUCUCCUCGAAUACUCCGGUUCUCCCGAGCUCGCGCAGGCAUCCGCGGCCGCGGUCGACAUCUUGUCUGACGUGAUGUCCGACAGUCGGCAUGCCGCCGUGCGCAGGCUCGACGCCGCUGGGCGCGUCAGCGAGGAGGAUUUGAUUGACUGGUGGAGGUGAUCAAUCAGCAUCUGCUCUAUCGGCCUCAUGUGCGGCCCCUUCUACGCCAUGAAUACCGGCACCUGGCCGGCAAUCCCCCCGCCCCGCGCCGCCGAUGCAAGACGCGAUCAUCAGGCCGCUCAUAGUGGGGGAUCUCUGGGAUUCCAACACUGCAUGCGCCAACGCGCAGGACAUGGGGCAGAAUUUUCCUCGCGGCGCCAUCAUGACGUGGCAGGGCUACGGCCGCUGCGUGCAGGCGCCGGCAAAUGCCGCGCAGGUCGCAGAGAACGUCGAGAAGAAGUCGCGGCGCGGCGGGGAGGUCCAGUUCGCGGAGGAGGGAAGCGAAUUCAUGUGCAUGCAGAAGGCGUGGGACUAUUUGGACACGGGCAAGCUCCCAAAGAAGAGGCUACCUGUGCCCGUUUUUUGGCCCAGUCCCACUGGGCCCCGACGCAGUGACCAGAGCCGUGGCGGCCUUGUAGGGUGCUGUUGGCGAGGGUCUCGGGGGUUCUUACCUCAAGCCUCGUGCUAGCAUAGCAAAGCCGAUGAGUCUGUCUGCUCGCGACCUGCUUGCAGAACCGCGUGGUUCUGGUUCAGAGCCAGCUUUUUUGGUGCGGCGUUGUUUCCAGCAGUCUCCGGACCCCCGUCUAAUGCACGCGGCGGAGUGCCGCUUGCGACCUGGCCGCUGUGGUACGCUUUUGCUUUAUCUCCUGGCACGCGCGGCUGCCCUGGUGGCUCGCGCCGGCGGCCGUCUUAGUCGGCCAGCCGCAGGGCCGUGAUGACCAUGGGUUGCGUGUUCUCCUUGCCCCAGAUGCUGUGUGGCGCCGAUGCGGCCCCAUCAGCCAGACUACUGCUGCUGUACUUCGCUUUGCCUUUGCGACGGGACG